CAUUUACUUACCAUCACGUUCUUCUUUUAAAAUGGCCAAAGUCUUGAAUCCAUUUCCUUCCCAUUAGCCAAUUCUUGGAUUUCCCUUCUUUCUUACUCUUCUAGGUCUCUCUGAUGCCAGAUCUUGAAGCUUCCUUACCCCUUCUCUCUCUCUUUAGGCCUGAUUUGAAGUUUUGGGGUUCCAUUUUUGCGUCUACCUUGUCAGUUUGAGCCUUCAAGGCUGUAGAAAACAACGAAGUUUCCCUGAUAUUCUUCACUGAUUUGAGCAAUUAGGAAACUCAGGCGCUGAUUCUGGGCGUUUUUUGGACUCCCUUUCUAUCUUCCUUGGAACAUGUGAAAGACAGCUUUGUUUAACUUUGUUUUUUUGACUUUCUUAGCUACUCCUCAGCUGUUUUCUCCCCCUCAUUCCUGCCAAAUUCGAGGCUAGGGGUGGUGGAGAACGAACACCAUGUGCUCGGAAACAAGCUCGCCGAGAAUAUCGUUUUCACACAAUCUCCCUGGCGACGACAGCUUGCUGAUCGAUCAGCACGGCGAGCACGGUCGACGAGACUUAACAUUGUUGGAUUCAAAUCUAGACUUUGAGUUCAAUAUCAGCAUUCAACAUGAAUCUUCCUCUGCAGAUGAGCUGUUUAGCAAUGGAGUCAUUGUUCCUUUCAAAAUUGAAUCUCAUAAACAAUCUCAUCCUUAUGAGCCUCCACUCACAGCGUCACUACCUCCUCUUCCUCCCACAGAGAAUUCAAAGCAGACAUUGGUGGUGAAUUCAACUUCAUCAGGUCAGUUAGAACAGAGAGGUUCAGAGUCCAAAUCCUUUUGGGGAUUCAAAAGAAGUAGCAGCCUCAACUUUGAAAGUAAAAGAGCAUCUCUUUGUCCACUCCCACUUUUGUCACGCAGCAACUCAACUGGGUCAGUGCCAAAUUCAAAGUCCAAAAAGUGUAAAGACUCACAAAAGCAAAUUUCUCAGAAACAGUACUCCACAUCGACCAGAAAGUUGUCGUCGUCGUCGACGUCGCUGCCACUGUCGUCGUUGAAUCAAUAUCCAACAAAUCUAAAGCGUCAGAUGUGCAGGAAUCCAGGAGGGGCUUAUGGCAAGUAUCAUUGCAUUGGCCCUGUGUUGAAUGUCCCUCCAAAGUUCUUUGGUUUGGGAUCAAUUCUUCGAUGUGGGAAAGAUAGAAAGAGUAAGAAAUGAUCUGUUCAUCGUUUCCUUUCCUUUUUCAGUUCAAUCCGUGGCUUGCUUCGUCAUGGAGUAAUGGCUUGACAGAAAGAGCGUAUAUUUUAAAAAUCGUGAGGCUGAUGAUUAUACGUAACAGAGUCAAAAUAGAUAAUAUUUACUAGUAAUAAGUUUGACAAUUAUAAUUUUCAUUCGUACUCGUAUGUAAAUGUGUUGCAUUCAUUGAUAUUCACCUCUUUGUCUAAUUGAUAGCUAAUUUGAUUAAAAAAAUUGAAUUGUUUGAUAUUUAAGAACUAUAAGAUUGGAGGUUAACUAUCAAUAUAUAAUUUUUUUUUUAAAAUUUGGGUUUGAAGAAUUAUUAAUUUGGUUAAAUAUAUAAAAUUAAAACCCUAAGAACAAGUUUUGGAAAUUAUUCAUCUUUUUGCAGUAAAUCUUUAAACUCGAGAUAGUUUUUGGGAAAAAUCGUGUUUCAUUCCAUUUCGUUUUUAAUUCGCUUCUUGCCAUGGAUGGUAAUGGCGACGAUCCUUUCGAUUCACUCACCAAACUCUGCGUCCUCUCUGACUCCCAAGAGGACAUAUUACGUCGCUGCUCUUUCGCCGGCAACCCCGAAUCCGUCGAUGGCUCUUGUUCUACCAACUCCCAAAUCCAUCAUCACCUUCUUCAGCCCACUGGUGUUUUCAUGGCUCCUCUUCCGGAGAGUUUGGAACAGAGAGAGCAAAUCACCUCUCAUAAUGCCUACCAGGCUCCACCGAAACAGUCCGGAGGGCAGCGGCCCAUGGCUGGAGAUGAUCCUUCUCUUCAAGAUGCGGCGGUGGUCGCUGGCGGUGCUGAGGCGGCUGUUGAAGGCGGAUGUGUGCGCGACGUUGCCACUGCAGUCGAUUUGGGGAAAAACGAUGACCUAGGGUUUCGUUUGGAAGUUCAAUCGACACAACAGACUGAUGAAAUCGAAAUUAUUGGUGUUCAUAGAAGAAAGGUUUCGGAGUCUGAUGCUGGUGGAGAGCGUGAAUCGGCAUCGAAAAGGUUGAAUUUUUCGAAUGAAGCUUUGGGCACAGACUCUUCCGUCCCAAUCGUAGUAGAAAAAUUACCAGUCGAUCUCGAGUCCGGUGGAGGAUCGAAACUCGUAGAUCACAAUGUCGAAAUGGCUGAGGAAUCGGCAACCGUCGCUGUAGAAUCCGGCAAGGUAGAUGAUGGAAAGGUCUCCAAUGGCGAAGAAACUCACUGUAAUAAGAACAAGGAAAAAUUUGCAGAGAACAGAGUCGAAAAUUCCCAACCCGAAGAACCGUGCAACUACGAAGGAACAAUGUAUCGCGAUCGAUGGAGGUGCGUCCUGCCAUCAACAAUGAAUGGAUCGAAGAAUUCGGAGGAGACUGAUGCAACGCCCCCAUCCAUUAUUAUGGAAAUUCUAAAGCUUCUGGCAGAAGAGGAAGGUGAAGAAGACAAGGAAUUGGCAAGUAUGAGCAUAUUGGAAGUCGUAUCCCGCCGUGGAAUGACAUUUCCUCGGCCAUGUUGGUGGCCGGAGGGGCAGGAAUUCAGCUUCAAGAAGAAAAGUUGAAAAGGUAAUCUAAUCAUUAGUAUUAGCAGUUGGAAGAAGAAUUUCUUUUGAAAAUGACCAAUUCUGGAAUCAAGAAAUGUAUUUAGAUUUUGGGUUGCUUGAAUGUAUGAAUUCACAGCAUCAAUGUGUUCUUGAGAAGCUCGGAGUAA